AGUAGUCCAGCACGCUCUGAUAGACAUGCAGAGGCAAUGACAUCUCCUGCACCAGAAAUAGAUGAACCAUUUGAAGAUGAAACUGAUUUACUUGGUAAUGAUAAUGAUGUUAAUGAAGAGGAAGGAGAAGGAGAGGAAUUAUUUGGGGAUAAUAUGGAAGCUGAUUAUCGUCCCAUGCCAGCAUUAGAUAGAUAUGAUUCAGAUGUAGUGGAUUUGGAAGAAUACUCAGAAAUGUCUCAAGGAGAACGUGCAGAAGCUGAAGCUGCUAUGCAUAAAAGAGAUCGGGCAGCAGGCAUUAUCAGAGAUGAUAGAUAUUUACUUUAUGAUGAAAGUGAUGAAGAUGAAAUACAUGCCCGUAAGCGCCGUAUGGCUGAAAAAGCAGCAACAGGUGAAAUUGAAGACACAGAAAUGAUUGAAUCUAUUGAGAAUUUAGAAGAUACUAAAGGUCAUUCAGUUAAAGAGUGGGUGUCUAUGCUGGGGCCUAGAACCGAAAUUUCUAAUCGUUUUAAAAGCUUUCUUCGUACACAUACUAAUUCAAAAGGACAAUAUAUGUACAAAGAACGAAUUCGUCAUAUGUGCGAGAGUAAUCAAUCUAGCUUUGUUGUGGAAUUUCCCAUUCUUGCAAGUAAAGAACAUGUUUUGGCUUAUUUUCUGCCAGAAGCACCAUUUCAAAUAUUAAAUAUAUUUGAUGAAGUAGCAAAGGAACUAGUACUAACUAUAUUUCCGAGUUAUGAAAGGGUUUCAAGUGAAAUUCAUGUGAGAAUAUCAGAAUUACCUUUAAUAGAAGAAAUUCGUACAUUUAGGAAAUUGCAUUUGAAUCAAUUAGUACGUACUCUAGGAGUUGUUACUGCAACUACAGGAGUGUUACCACAAUUGUCUAUUGUAAAAUAUGAUUGUACAAAAUGUGGAUAUGUACUUGGUCCUUUUGUACAAAAUCAAAAUACAGAAGUUAGGCCUGGGUCAUGUCCCGAAUGUCAAAGUAUUGGACCAUUUAUGAUUAACAUGGAACAAACAAUAUAUAGAAACUAUCAAAAAAUUACAAUCCAAGAAUCACCAGGUAAAAUUCCUGCAGGAAGAAUACCGAGAAGUAAAGAAUGUAUUCUUUUAUCAGAUCUCUGUGAUCGUUGUAAACCUGGAGAUGAAGUAGAUGUUACCGCCAUUUAUACGAAUAACUACGAUGGCUCCUUGAAUACGGAACAUGGUUUUCCAGUGUUUGCAACAGUUCUUCUUGCUAAUCAUCUACAAGUGAAAGACUCAAAAGAAAUUGUUGAAUCAUUGACUGAAGAAGAUAUUUCUAGUAUCAUUACUUUAAGUAGAGAUCAUCGAAUUAUUGAUCGCAUUGUCGCAAGUAUUGCACCUUCGAUCUAUGCACAUGAAUAUACCAAAAAAGGUUUAGCAUUGGCUAUAUUUGGCGGAGAAUCAAAGAAUCCUGGUAACAAGCAUAAAGUAAGAGGAGAUAUUAAUGUGUUACUAUGUGGAGACCCAGGGACGGCAAAAUCUCAGUUCCUAAAAUAUGUCGAAAAAAUUGCACCUAGAGCAGUAUUCACUACAGGCCAAGGGGCUUCGGCUGUUGGGUUAACUGCUUUUGUAAGGAGAUCACAAACAACUCGUGAAUGGACUUUAGAAGCUGGUGCCUUAGUACUUGCCGACCACGGAAUUUGCCUUAUUGACGAGUUUGAUAAGAUGAAUGAUCAAGAUAGAACAUCUAUUCACGAAGCCAUGGAACAACAAAGUAUUUCUAUUUCAAAAGUAGGAAUUGUUACAUCACUUCAUGCUAGAUGUUCAGUAAUAGCCGCAUCUAAUCCUAUUGGAGGAAGAUAUGAUGCUAGCAUGACAUUUGUGUGUUAUGUAGAUUUAUCAGAACCAAUUUUGUCUCGUUUCGAUAUUCUCUGUGUAGUGAAAGAUGAAAUAGAUCCUAUGCAAGAUCGGCAUUUGGCGAAAUUUGUUGUGAAUUCUCAUAUGAGACAUCAUCCAUCAAAUGCUGGGAAAGUGAUACCUACAGUAGAGGAUGCAAAUGAUAUAUCUAUCCCACAAGAUCUUUUAAAAAAGUAUAUAGUUUAUGCACGGCAAAAUGUUCAUCCUAAAUUAACAAAUAUUGAUCAAGAUAAAGUGGCAAAAUUAUACAGUCAAUUAAGGCAAGAAAGUUUGGCCACCGGAAGUUUACCAAUUACAGUACGACAUAUAGAAAGCAUUAUACGUAUGGCUGAAGCAAGUGCUAAAAUGCAUCUACGUGAUCACGUUCAAGAAAAUGAUAUUAAUCUUGCUAUCAGAAUGAUGCUUGAUAGUUUUGUUGAGACACAGAAGUAUUCAGUAAUGAAAAGUAUGCGUGCGACAUUCCAGAAAUACUUAUCAUACAAGAAAGAUCACAGUGAACUUCUGUAUUACAUACUUAGGCAACUUACAUUAGAUACUUUAGCGUUCCAAAAAGCUAUACGCGGAGGUCGCAUUGCAACAAUCGAAAUUUUGGAGAAAGAUCUAUUGGAUCGGGCUAAACAAAUCGACAUAUACAAUCUUCAUCCAUUUUAUGAAAGUGACAUUUUCAAGUCAAAUAACUUUGUUUAUGAUUCAAGGAGGAAAGUAAUAGUACAAACACUUCCUGAUGAUGUUGAUGACUAA